AUGUUUGCAGGAGCAGUCAGUUGUGAUGAGGAGUACAAACUGAUCCGCCACCUCAUGCAGAAGUAUGACGCGUCCGUGCGGCCGGUGGAGAACUCUUCGAUCCCACUCCUCGUCACCUUCGGCGUCUCGCUCCAUCAUAUCAUCGACGUGGAGGAGAAAGAUCAGCUGUUAACGACCAACUGCUGGAUCACACAAAUCUGGAUGGAUUACCACCUCCGUUGGAACGCGAGCGACUUUGACGGCAUCAGCGUCAUCAGAAUACCUUACGAAAGAGUUUGGAGACCAGAUAUCAUACUUUAUAACAAUGCGGACCCAAACUACAGGUCAGCAGUGAUCAAUACGAACGUGAUAGUGAAGAGUACAGGCGAAGUGACAUGGUUAAGCCAUGGGAUCUACGUGUCUGUAUGCGACAUCAACGUAGAGCAGUUCCCCUUCGAUGUCCAGCUCUGCACUAUGAAGUGGGCAUCGUGGACUUAUGACGGAUUUCAACUGGAUCUAAAGAAGCAAUUCGACGAAGGUGACACUACCAACUACCAGACAAACGGCGAAUUCGACCUCGUGAGCUUCGAAGCCAUUCGCCACAAUCAAUACUACUCAUGCUGUGUGGAACCGUAUCCUGAUAUCACCUACGUCAUCAAGUUGAGAAGACGACCCAUGUUCUAUGUCUUCAAUCUUAUACUGCCUUGCUUGCUUAUCAAUGGGAUUGCCCUAUUGGUGUUCUACGUACCUUCGGAGUCUGGUGAGAAGGUGACCUUGGGGAUCAGUGCGCUACUUUCAAUGACCGUCUUCCUCAUGACGAUACGGGACACCCUGCCGCCUACUGAAAAAACACCACUAAUAAGUCUGUAUUACGGGGUCAGUACGUGUUUAGUAUCGUUCUCAGCUUCUCUCUCCGUAGUCACACUCAACAUAUCUUACAGAGGAGUGAGAGGGCAGCCGGUGCCGGCCAUGCUGCGAGAGCUGGUGCUGCAGAGGCUCGCGCGCCUGCUCUUCAUCAGCUUCGAGACAGACGCACCCAAGGGUGACAGCGGCGUGGUGGCGGGUGUCCAGGUGAACCCGCGCACGGGGUCGCGGCUCAAGACAGAGGUGCGUUGCGACGGUGCGCCCCUGCCUCCCGCUUCGCCCCGCUUCGCCCGCCACAACCACAACAAUCACCUCAGCGGACCAGUAGCAUCAGCGGGAGUGGGCGCAGGCGCUGGCGCGGACGUGUGCGCAGGGUCAUGUUCCCGGUGCGCGUGCUGCGGCUGCUCGAUCCGCGAGGCGGCUGCGCGACACGAACAGCGCGUAGCCGCCAACGAACGACUGGAGCGCGCUAACCUCGAAUGGAAACAGGUGGCAGUGGUCGCGGACCGCGCUCUGCUCGCAGUGUUUGUGCUGGUGACCACCAUAUCCACAGCAGCCAUCUUGCUUCCCCAACUGAACAACCUGCAUGUCGGCAACACGCCGCUAAAACCUCCCUCUUAGAAUUUUGUGCUCCCAAUUGGGGAGUGAAUUGGAGUGAUCCUUCAACGAAUAUUGUGCUAAAAUCGUGCCAAAAUGAUCUCUAAGUUUCGCACUCGAAUGUUAGAGUUCGAAAAGUUUGAGCUAUACAGCCGAACGGUCUUUUGAUACGAGAUGUAUAACUUGGUGAUACAUUGGACUGUUUAUUAAAAUGUGCGAUAGAAGUGAGGAAUUAAUUAAGGAAAAAUUGAGAAUUAAUAAACAACUCAUGUUAAUAUAAAUAUCGCUAAAACUGUGCCAAAUGAGCAUAAAAAAUAAUAUGAAGCAUCUGAAUUUCAAUUUAUUCGAUGCAAUAUAUAAAUGAAUCCUCUGAACUUGUUUAUAUUUGAACGAUAUGUGAAAUAAAAGUGAUUUCUAGACAAUGUACGAACAGUAACAAUUGCAUUGAUUUAAAAUAUGAGUUUAAAGUGAAUUUUGUGCUGAAUCAUGCUAAAUGAGACGUCUCAAGAGUUAUACGGGAGCAGAUACGGAACUCGGUUUAUUUAUGUUUACUAAAGUACGGAUAAUAUAUGAUUUGUUGAUAAAUGGACUGUAUUUUAAAAUAAAAUGUGAAACAAAUUUCAGAACGUUCUUUACAGUAUAAAAUACGAAUAUAGAGUAAGUAAUCUGUUGUAAAUUAAUAUCUAUUGAUAUAUCUUAAGUAGGUAGUAAGCAACUCGAGGAAGUGUUAAACGCAAUUACUUGUGCCAAUGUUUAUAUAACGUCAAUUCAUUUAAGGGUUAGAUAAGUGUUAUUGUUAAUCGCUAUUUCAUUCUAAUGAAAUUAUCGGUAGCGCUUAUUUCAAUUAUCCCCACCGGCGUGCUCUAUUUGUUUGUUUACUUUUUUAAUGUUCCAUUUUCGAUUUGGAUACGGAGCAUUACAAAUGUAGACGAAAUAAAUAAUAAAGUGGAAUUUCAGACGUUUUUGUAGUAGUAGACUAACUAAGCCGAUGAGAAUUGACACACCGUAAAAGCAUUCUAGAAAAUAAUGAUAUUAUCAUAACAGCAAUUUCAGCUAAAAAACGUAUCCAAGUAAAUCUAAUUAUUACUACAUUACAUUUACAUACCUAAUAAUAAAAUAAUCUUCUGCUAGUUAUGGACAAUUGUAAGCUCAAGGUUGUUGCCAAAUAUGCAAAUGGAAUGUAAAUACCUAUACGAAAUGUUAAAAUAAUGUUAAUAUUCUCUAAGUAUAACUAGAUAUAAGCCUGUAAAUGUAAAAAUAAUUGUACACGAAAUAAAAA